AUGGAGCUGUCCAGGAAAGACUACCCGGCCAUGCUGGAGUCGCUCCAGCCUACGCAGGCCGUAGCAGUGCUGAACGACCGCGUCAAGCACAUCCAGAAGGUCAACGCAGACAUCGCCGACUUCCUGCAGGAGCGCCGCCGCCUCGAAGACCAAUAUGCCCAAGGCCUUCGCAAACUGGCCGCCAGACAGCAGCCCGACGCGGGCGCUGAUCUCGGCGUCUUCACGCUGCCGUGGCAGCGCAUCGUCGGCGCGACUGAGGCGCUCGCCGAAUCGCACCACUCGCUGGCCCACAAGCUCGAGUCCGACGUCGAGCGCCCGCUGCGCGACUUUGACAAGACGAAUCGCGAGAUGCAGGCCAUGUCCAACAUCAGCGGCAACAUGGCGCACAUGGCCAAGGAGAUUGACAGCGCGCAGAAGCGCGCAGACAAGCUGAAGGAAAAAGGCGCCAAGGCUCCGGCUGGCAAGGUCGCGACUGCCAGCACGGAUGUCGAGAAUGCCAACCAGCAAUGGAAUUCCUCGGCCCCAUUCGUCUUCGAGCAGCUCCAGUCGGUCGACGAGAGCCGCAUCAACCAGCUGCGGGACGCCCUCACCCAGUUCCAGACUCUGGAACUCGAUGCCAUUGACAGGUCUCGCGGUCCUUCCGAGCAGUGCCUGGGCGUGAUUUUGGACGUGCAGACGGCCGACGAGAUCAAGACCUUCGCCCUCAAGACCACGAGUGGAAAGCCCAAACUCGAGACGCAAAGGGGCAGGAAUCAAGCACAGGCCAGCAGCAGUUCGACCCCGGCAAUGCAGCCUCCUCCCACCCCGGACGACGGAUCGAGCCAGCGAUCUGGUUCAGUGCAAGAGCAGAAGCACGGUGGACUUCACGGCCUGAAGCGCUUGGGAACCGUCCUCGGCCGUCGAAAGAGCACGGCGCCCUACGCUCGGACUUCUUCUCCGGACAGGAAAUCCUCGUCCCCCAAUUUGGGAGCCGCCUUCAGCUCUUUCGGAAGCCGGGGCAACAAGUCGAGAGAUGCAGACCACCGCCCGUCGUCGCCCUCGCGGCUCGCAGAAAGUCAGCUCCCGAGCUCUCCAGAAGCCGGCGAAUCGAUCGCUUCUCCAGAUAGGAGAGGGAGUGCAUCGGCAGAUCGGACCAAUGGCAUUUCUCCAGUCCCCGAAGACGAGCCAAAGGACUCCGAGAUGAUGAACGGUGGCCAGAGCUCGGGUAUUUCGCAAUUGCAAGAACCACUGCAACCCACGACCGCUUCGAGCGUUCCGCUGGAGCCCCAGAAAGAUGCGGAUGGCUUUUCGGUGCCCGCAGCAUCUGCCACGUCCGAUCUAUUUGCUCAGGCGGAGGCCGACGCAGCUGCCGAGAGCGUUCCUCCGCAAUUCAAGGUGGACAUCAGAAAUGCUCCGAUCCAGGAAGAGGAUAGUGGCGAGGCGGAAAGCGCGAUGGCAAACGUCGCUAACACCCUUCGAAUGCAAGCGGCACCAACGAAGAGAUCCAAUACCACGAGGGGCAGGCGAGACGUCCGCAACACGAUAUUCGUCCCCUCCACCGCCCAGGGUCCCGACCUACCACCCUUCGCUGAGCCGACCAACGCUCCACCGUUGCCGGCUGCCACAUCCCCUUCAGCCUCGCCCCUGCCUUCUGCUUCGCCGAACCUGUCAUCAGUCUCUCCGCAAAUACCGAUUCCUGCAUCCCCGCCUUCGGCGCGGCCGCAGUCUCCCCUGCGGCCGGCUAGUCACCGUCUGAACCUCGGCGAGGACCACGCCGCCUCUGACACGCAGUCGAUCCGAUCGGGUCGUUCGCUCAGCAGCUCGUACAGCCACACCGUUCGCCACCCGGACCUGCAUGAGCCGGGGCUCAAUUCGUCGAUUGUCGAGACAGUGAGCACUUGGUUCGAGCACGGCCAUGUGACCAGGGCCGUCGUCAUCGGCGAACUCGCUCUGGCGUACAACCCUCCGGAUCUUUCGGUUCCCUUUGGGCACGAGACGAUCAGGCUUGAAAACUUCCCGGUUCUCGAAAAGGUUGCACCGAACCCGACCUUCGUGGACCAAAUUACGGACAAGGCUGGCGACUACACCGUCAACCUUUCCAGCAUCACGCGCACGCAAGUUGCCUUCAAAUAUCAGGUGCACCUCGACGAGAGCAACAUCGCAUCGUUUGCUCCCAUCGCUUUGACUCCUGCGUGGAAAGUCGAGGCUACGCAAACGUCCGUCAUCCUCAACUACUCUCUCAACCCCGCCUUCCACCUCGCGGCCGGUCACACGAGCGUCACAUUGAGCAAUGUCGUCCUCAUCAUCCACCUCGAUCCUUCGGGUUCGAAAUCAUCCCACUGCCAAUCGAAGCCGGUCGGCACCUUUUCGAAGGAAAAGUCUUUGAUUUACUGGCGCCUCGGGGAUGUUACCCUGAGCGCGGAUCAACCUGGACAGCAACUCCGCGCCCGCUUCUACACCGACUCGGAGGCCAAACCCGGAAAUGUCGAGGCACGGUGGGAGAUGAUCGGUGAUAAUGCAAGCGGCCACGGCAGCGGUCUGGGUGUCUCGCAGAUGGUGCAAUCGAGCGAGGCGGCAGAUGCUGAGGAUGAUCCGUUUGCGGAUGAAAGCGCAGCGCCCAGCAGCCCCGCAAUUACAUGGAAGGACGUUCCGAUCGUCAAAAGGAUCUCGAACGGGACAUACUCUGCCGUAUAG